AUGUUCGCUGCCUUUGAUGCAAUCCCGACAUCCACGUCGCUGCUGAUGCAGUGCGGCUACCGCAGUAAGGUCUGUACCAACGUGCGCGCUACGAAAAUCGACGGUUCUCUCCACAACCUCUGCGAGUUCCACCGUCGCAAAGCAAACGCAAGCCAGCAGCGUCUUCAUCAGCGCCACCGCGAAGAGCGA